GUUUUGAUCAUCCCACAACGGAUGAUCACAUUCUGGGCAACUGUUUUUCGGACGCAGUUACCGAUGUUGGUGAGCUAUCGCUCGUUUUAUUUACUACUUGGCGCUAACCUUUGGCGACCAUCCAGAUCUUUGAUAUGAGAAAGAAAUGCAAAAGGAAAAGGCCUGACAUCUGAUAAAGCAGUUAUCCUCAAAUACAGAUCACAUAAUUAAGAACUUCUACGGUGGGAUGAUGAGACCAAUUGGAAGAAAGCAAUUUAAAUUUAUUGAAUCAAAAAGAUAAAAAUACACUGAAGAAGAUGUACAAUCAAGUGAAGAAGAUACCAGAGGAAAAGUUAAUUCAUGUAAACAAAAACAGAAGAAAAGCAUUUGUAUAAAUUUUCAAAGACGAAUGGACUGAGUCUUCAACGGAGACGUAUCAAAUAAGUGACAUUAACUUACGAACGAAUGUACUACUAAUAAUUGUAAAAAUAGGCAUAGGAUUAAACUUGAAACAUUAGAUUAGAAGAAGAGGUAUAGUUUGUUUUGUCUUCAGGUUCUUCAUUUCUUCUGGUGAUCUCACAAAGACUGCUUCGAUUCCUCUGUUGCUUAAUCACAAUGGAGCAACAGCUCAGUUUCGUGCUAAAGCUAUCACUCGAGGAAAUGGCCCUGAGGAGGUCCGUUAUCAAUUUGUGGAGUGAAACGGACGUAUUGUCCUCGAUUGAGGAUCUAGAAUUCGAAUCUCUUCCUGAAGGUCGCGAAACCCUAAAUGGCAUGGUAAAAGAGAAGAUCUCAAAUCUCGUUAUACCUGAGCCGCUAAAGAAGCGGAUGAUGAUUAUAGUUAAGCCGAUUGGUGCUGAAUUAGCGAGGUGGAAAACAUUCCACAAAAAUGUUGUUAAUUGGUCACAUGAUGGACUGGGUUUGAAUAUUCUGAAGCAAUUGUGUUGGACACCUGCUGGAACGGUGGAUUACCCAAAAAGUGCAGAGAAACUUCUACGUCUUGAUGCGUUGGGAGUUCAGACUGGCUACAAAUUAGCCUCGUUAUAUUGCUUAGUUAAUUAUAUUCCAGAGCUAUGGGACAAACUUCCCAGAUCAUGUAAGAAGCGGUAUUUAUCCAAAUCGCCUUUUGUGCCAUCUAGAGUAAAAUUGGACGUUGCUUGGGCUUACCUUCUGACGGGUCAAGAAUCUACACUGGAUAGCAUCGUUGCAGAAUCUGUGUCUCGGGAUAGUUCUUUCCAGCAGCUUGCUUGUGAAUACUCAGCACUCAGCGGCAACAAAGGAGCGGCUGAGUAUUUUUUUAAGAAAUUAAGCAACGCAGAACGGAACUCCUUUUUAGUUCCUUUAGUCAAUGAAAUCGCUAUAGACAGAGACACAGAGUCACGCCGACGUUCGGGCGAUUUUCCGAUAGAAAAACUCUCCGAAGUGUUGUGUUACUUCUUAUCACAGAUGAGUCCGGAACAGCAUAUGCAAGCUUUAAGGACUGUGCCUUGUGAAUUAUUAGGAUCCUUUCUGGAUUGGCCAUUGCAAGACCUUUGUUUGGAAAUGGCAGAUCUCGCGUGGCAAUUUCUUACUGAGCAGGAAUACUAUUUUUUUAUAGAGACGAUAUCUAAAAAUAUUGAAAAAACAGAUCAUUAUUUUCCAGACUUUUUGCAGAAGUUAUACCUGAACAGUCCAAGCGAAUUUAAAAGUUUUUUCGUCGAUUAUGGAGCUUACCAAACUUGUUUCUUUCCUAAAUUUUUCGAUACCGGAGAUACACAGACAAUCCAAAUUAUUUUUAGAAAUUUAGAGGAUUUUGACAAAAUCAGGCUUGUCUACGGUUAUAACUUUUUUCGUCUUUUCGAUUCUCUUUUAUUGACUGAGAAACGGCAUUUAAUAAAAAUGUGCCUUGAAGAAGCCUUGAAAUCCGAAAAUCACAAGAUCUUAGUAGAAAAAAGUUACAUGCAAUUCCUCGCAGAAGCUCACGCACCCGAUAUGUGGUUGAGAAAACGCAGAUGGAGACAGAUUUUUCUUGCCAUUGAUAAAAUUCUUGCGAAAACUCGUAACAAAAGAGCCAUAAUAGAAGAGAUAGUGACAGAAUCUAAAAAAUGCUGCAAAAGACGGAAAUAAAAUUCUAGAAAGAAAUUGCUUCUCAUUUCAUGCAUUAAAGGAAUGAAAAUGAAGUGAAAUGAAAUUUUAUUGUUUGUUGUGUUGUGAAACGAAGGAUUGUAAUAACAAAAGAAACGAAGGAUUGUGAAGGAACAUAAGGUGUGUUGUGUUGGGGAUUGAUACGAAGAAGCUGACAAGACAUUCAAGUUUUUUUUUCAUGAGCCCAGCAUACUACAAUUUAAGGGAAAUGAAAAAUGUUAUAAUGAAUAAAUUAAUAUCAGUUAUAAUCAAAAUUAUUUUAUUGAUUGAAAAAAUUCUUCAGUGAUCCAUUAAUAAUUUGAAUAAAGUAACAGACAUCAGCUUUUGAAAUAUUUAUCAUGCUUAAAAGGCAGCAGUCCAUUUUUUUUAAAAGAAAGGCCGAGGGAUUGUAUUGCAUACAUAGUUGUAAACUGAGCAGAGUUUAUGACUUAGCUCAGCUGUAAAACUUUUGCUUUCUAAGAAUGGCAACUCAGCUGUAAAACUUUUGUUUUCUAGGAAUGGCAAUGUCUUUUGUAAUCUAACGGAAAAAGAGAAAAUAAAUGCUGGUAGUGCUCAUGGUAGCUAGAUGAUUUUUCUCGUAUUAUUUUUUACUAUUUUAGUGCGUCUCAUUCAUUUUGUAGAACUGUGAGUUUAUUUGAGUGAGUGCAAAAAGGCAAACGUGUAUAUAUUUAGACGGCUAGUAACAUUAUUUGGCGUCCGCGAUAGGACACGAAACUGACGAUUAUAAUGUUUGAAAACGUUAAAGUUUUUAAAAAGGAGGAUGUCAUAACUCUGUUGGAAGAAAGUAAUGAACCUUUACCUGCUAAAGUUACAGUUACUACUUUGAAAGAAGUGAUUUUAAAUAAUCAAGAUUAUAAAAAUGAUCCAGAGUUUGUCCAAGAGGUUUUGUUUACGAUUAUCAGUGAAAGACCAGAAAACGAAAGUCGAACGCGCCAAGAAGACGAAAGAAAACGUCAUGACGAGGAAAUGGAGAAGCAAAGACAACAUGAGUUAGAAUUAGCAAAAAAUAUCUGCUGGAGAGUGUUUAGAAGUACCAAAUUCCGAAACCGUUGAAUCAGGUAGUGUGAAAACGAAAAUCCACUUACCCAAACUUGAACUUCGCCAAUUUUCCGGAUAUUUAAAGGACUGGUUGCCAUUUUGGAGCACCUUCAUAAUCAUGUAGAUAUUGCUCCCGAAAUUAAAUUUCAAUAUUUGAUCCAAGCCACUGUUAGUGGACCGCGCGCUCGGAAAGUUGUUGAGAGUUUCCCGCCAACCGGCGCCAAAUACAGUAAAGUUAUUGAGUCGUUAAAAUCUCGCUUUGGCCGAAGUGAUUUACUCAUUGAAUUCUACGCCCGUGAACUUCUGAAAUCGGUUAUAGAAAACGCCCAGCAACAGUCCGCAACGAAUAUAUGUGCACUUUAUGAUAAUUUGGAGUCACAAAUUCGUGCAUUGGAGACUCUUGGCGUUACAACGGAUGAAAGGGCCGCUUUAGUACAUCCAUUGGUAGAGUCUUGCUUGCCAAAAGAAAUAUUGAGAGCAUGGCAGAGGCAAAGAAGUCUUGAUGUCAACGAUAGUUGUGAACCGCAAGUUAGACUGGCCGGCUUCUUAGCAUUUUUGAAAGCAGAAGUAGAAGCUGAAGAAUGAAUUUCUUUAGCAAUGCAGGGUUUUGGCCUCAAUAAAAGAAAAGGUAAGAAUCAUUUUAGUAACAAAAGGUUUGAUUCCAAGGAAAACAAAAAUAAAGUGUCAACAGCUUCUAGUCUAUUGGCCAAUGCACAGACCCAAGAAAUCAAAAAGUCGUGUUUUUUGCAGCAAGAAUCAUGCAAGUGCAGAUUGCUUUUCUGCUCGAAAAAUGAGUUUGAUGGAAAAGAAAACUAUUAUGAAAGAUAAAAAUUGUUAUGCCUGUCUGAACCACGGUCAUUCAAUUAGAAAGUGUCAGAUAGUUGUAAAAUGCAUAAUUUGUGGUAAAAAACAUCAGUCUAUAAUGUGUGUUCAACUUGCUAGUAUAAACAAGCCGUGUAUAGUGAAAGAAAACUCUCCAGAAAGUGAAGUUAAUUUGUCGAAUUUAUGCAGAAGUCCGAAAGUUCUAUUGCAAACACUUCAAGCCAAACUUGUUUCAGGUAAUAAUGAGAUGAAUGUACGUAUACUUAUCGAUUCAGGCUCACAAAAUUCAUACAUAUUAAAAAAAGUUGCCGAAAAAAAUGAAAUAUUCAUUUAUUCGAGAAGAAAAGUUAAUCCACUCACUGUUUGGUGAAGUUAAUUCUGGUGAAUGAAAGCAUAAUUGCUAUAAAAUAAAAUUAAGAAGUCUAAAUGGAAACUUCAAAUGUAAUUUUGACGCUUUGGAACAGGCCAAAAUUUAUGAAGAUAUUCAACCUGUUAAAAAAUGAACUUGGAUCAAAGAGUUGGAGCAUUAUGGAACUAAGCUCUCUGAUGUAAACGAGCUCCACUGCCAGAUAAUUUUUCCUUGGUGAAACAAAGUUUGGAGAACGUUAUUCUGAAGCUGAUUUCCAGUGGACUGUAUAGAAAUUAUGAAAAGGUUUUUCAAGAUUGGUUAUCUGACGGAAUGAUGGAAAUAGUCACGGGAGGUGAAAAGAAGUUGAGGUAAGUUAUCAGUACUUACCUCACCAUCCUGUAUUGAAGCAAAGCAUCACUACUCCCAUUCGGUCUAAAAGGUCUUCGAAGUUUCCGGUGUAGAUUAUGCUGGUCCUCUCUAUUUGAAGUGAAAUGGUAAGGCAUGGAUUGUUGUAUUUACUUGCGCCGUCUAUCGAGCAGUCCAUUUUGAGUUGGUUCAGUUACUUACCACCGAUGCUUAUAUUCAAGCCUUCAGACGAUUCAUUGCCAGAAGAGGCAGAAUUCCCGUUCUAUAUUCGGAUAACGGCACGGACUUUGUGGGAACCAGCAGUGCUUUAAAGGCAUUGGAUUGGGAAAAAAUAGUGUAUUCAACCGUUCUGAAAAUUACUUGGAAAUUUAUUCCUCCCACAACAGCAUGGCCAGAUUUUGCUUGUGUGCCAGAAAACUUAACCAACCAACCUCCCACAGCAGCGUGGUAGGGAACUUAAAUAGCUUUGGAUAAUGCUUAAAGAACUUCUACGCAGGGUGCUAGGUAAAUACAACGUCGGCUAUGAAGAACCCAACACGAUAUUAUGUGAUUGAGAGUCAAUAAUAAACGUUCGACCACUUAUUUAUCUUCAAGAGGAUCCAAAUGAGUUGGUACCAUUGAUAUCCGCCAUGUUUAUUCAUGGGGGCAACAACAGCGAAACUCCAAAUCUUGACAGUGUAGACAGAUCUUCCUUGACAAAACGUGUAAACUACUUGCAGAGAUUACGUGAAAAUCUCAGGCAACGAUUCAGAAAUGAGUAUCUUGCUCUUUUAGUCCACAGAGGAAUAAGAAGGAAUGACGUUUUAAAUGUUGGUGACCUUGUUUUUAUUGGGCAUGACAAUGCCAAGCGCAUCGAUUGCCCACUUGGAAUUAUCGUAGAGAUUUUUCUUGGAAAAAAUGGAGUCCCUAGAGUUACGAGAUUAAGGACUUACAAAGAGGAAAGAAUCCAUCCAUUUCAAAGACUCUUUCAAAGGCAUUUGGAAGUGUCUGCCAAAACUGAUGCUGUCGUUUCGAAGGCAGCUAGACCAACUGACUCUUCUUCUGAGAACACUGAUACUGUUAGAAUGCGGCACCAUGCCUUUGGAAGUGUCUGUCAAAACUGAUGCUGUCGUUUCGAAGGCAGCUAGACCAACUGACUCUUCUUCUGAGAACACUGAUACUGUUAGAAUGCGGCACCAUCCCAAAAAUAGAUCGGAAAAAACCAUAAAAAUUUCACGGCGAUUAAACUUGUGAACAUUAAAAUUUGAACUUUAAUUUUUAAUUUUGGAAUUCUAAAUGUUAUAUAAUGUGAACUUUAUUUUUUUAUUUUGGAAUUCUAAAUGUUAUAUAAUGUGAACUUUAUUUUUUUUAUUUUGGAAUUCUAAAUGUUAUAUAAUGUGAACUUUAAUUUUUAUUUUGGAAUUCUAAAUAUUAUGUAAUGUAAGUUGCAAAGUUCAAUCUAUAAAUGUAACUUUGCAAGGUGGGAGUAUAUGUAAACUGAGCAGAGUUUAUGACUUAACUCAGCUGUAAAACUUUUGUUUUCUAAGAAUGGCAAUGCUUUUUGUAAUCUAACGGAAAAAAAGAAAAUAAUUGCUGGUAGUGCUUGCUCAUGGUAGCUAUAAGAUUUUUUUCGUAUUAUUUUUUUACGAUUUUAGUGUGUUUCAUUCAUUUUGUAGAACUGUGAGUGCAAAAAGGACCUGCGGAACCUAAUUUUAGACCUGCUAGUAACGAUAGCGAUAAAAUAUUUUAAUGAAUAACUUGCCUCAAAAAUCUAUUCCUUUUCUAUUGUUUUCCAGAACAUAAAGGAUAGAAUUGUAAACAUUUUUUUAAAAAUUUUUUAAUAGAAUUUUGAUUUAACUAAAAAAAUCUAAA